GGAGUUCAGAAGUAUCCAGGUGUCACAGUGUCCAACACACGUCCAGCAGUCUUUGUACCACGGCUCUGAGUGGACGCAGUGAAUUUAAGAUUGGACGACUCAUCUCUUAUUAGCGGAGGCUGGGAGCGUCAACGCAGCAAUGGAUGUGAUAACAAACAAGAACGUUCCUCCGCAAAGAACAGACCUAAUGCAGUUAUAUAGGAAGACCGAGAGUAUGUCCAUGACAUUAGACGCAGACACCAUCGAAAUCGCGGCCCUGUCACGGCCUUUUAGCAUGGGCAUGCUGUAUGACUGCCGCAAGGACAAACUCAUCCCAGGUGUAACCCUGUGGGAUACAAAAUUACUUAAGAAAGAUCUGCGUGUCCAGACCCAGGAAAACACCAGUUUUGAAAUCAUUUGCUCUGACACCAUCUCUGAGAAAGCCUCUGCUCUGCACAUCUCAGCCUCCACCAAAGCCAGCAGUCUCUGUGGCCUGAUAAAAUUGGAAGGUUCAGCCUCUUUCUUAGAAGACAAAAUGAAACACAAGCAACAGGUCCGAGUCUCUCUCCAGUAUUCCAAAACAACAAGGUUCGAACAGCUAAGCAUGAGUCAGCUGGGAAGUCAGAAUAUCAUGUACAAUGAGGUGUUUGACCAAGGAACGGCCACUCACGUAGUGAUUGGCAUCUUAUACGGAGCUCAUGCCUUCUUCAUCUUUGACCAAGAAGUCUCCUCUAAUGAGAGCAUUGAUGAGGUGAAUAGUGCACUAUGUCUUUCUGUCAAGAAAAUACCAACAAUUUCUUUAGAAGUAGAUGGUUCUCUUAAAAUAAACGACCAAGAAAGAGAAAGUGUGAAGAGUUUUAGCUGCAAGUUCUAUGGGGAUUUUUCCAUUAAUAAAAACCCAUCAACCUAUGAAGAGGCUGUCAAACUGUACAGCUCUCUUCCUUCACUUCUUGGAGAGAAAGGUGAACGAACAGUGCCAGUAAAGGUUUGGCUGUACCCACUGGAAAAGCUGAAUUCAAAAGCAUCCAAGAUGGUGCAGGACAUGAGUGUGCAUCUUCUUUGUGAAAUAGAGAAUAUAAUGGAAGGGAUAAGUGAUGUGAACAGGCAAUGUAAUGACCUCAGGAAGCAUCCAGUGGCCAUUACCUUUCCCAAUAUGAAGAUUAAAAUCUACCAAUUUCAGGUUUUAUUGAAUGAAUACCUGUUGGGUUUCCGAAGAAGGCUGGCAAAGAUCCUUCCUGCUAUACGUGAAGGACUGAAGGAGGAUAGUGACUUAACCAAUAUACUGAUUAAACAAAGUCGGUCCCCGUUUAACAUCAUUUAUAUGAACAAAUAUUUAAGCAGGGUCCUUGAGGAAAUGAAUUUUGUGGACUCUUAUCUCACAGCAAUGGAGGAGAUCAAAGUCGUCUCAAUGGAAAGUGAGCUAAACCAUCUUGUUCUAGAUCCAAAAGUUGAUUACAUUAUGUCCAUGAAUUUUGCAUCACUUAAUGGUGAGGAGCAAUAUUUAAAAGAUUUACGAUGUUGGCUCCUAAUGGAGUCAUUCAGACGAGAGGUCUAUGAGCUAAAGAGAACAGUACCAUGGUACAAAGAUAGACAGGCAUUUCAAAAAGCAAGGCUUUAUCUAAAAGCUUUUAUAGCGUUUUACAAAGUCAACAAAUCUAAUAAGGAAACAAAGUUUAUUGUGUCUUCAACCACAGAUUUAGAGAACCCCUGUGUUUCAAUUUAUCUGUAUGAUAAAGGCAGUCUCAUGAGUACUAAAUUCUAUCCUCCGGCAAAACCCAAUCCUUUGGUAAUAAGGACAUACCAUGAUAGUGCAGAACUAAAACUUAGUCCAAAUGUUUUUGGGUUGAAGGAGAUCAAAUGUUAUCAAGUGGAAUAUCGUCAAGAAGAACAGAAACAAUGGAGUAAGAUACUAAGUGAAGACAACAAUGAGAAGAUACUUGUCAGACCCUUGCUCCCUAACACGAGGUAUCAGUUCAGAUAUGCUGCCAUUUGUCUACCAGGGUUAAGUGAGUGGAGUGAUGCCAGUGAUUUUGAAAGGACAAAGCCCACCAGUCCACCUAUGAAACCAUACGUCAGUGAAUUCAGAACGUCUUCUUUAAUACUGAAAUGGAAAGAGCCAAAUGUUAAAGGAAAGGGAGUCAGAAUAUGUGAUUACAAAGUAGAAUACAAGUCUGAAUCUGAAAAGGAGAAUGUGGAAACCUACUGGCUUGAAGAAACAUCUGGUGGUAAAAUGGAAAGGUGUGAGAUUUCUGGACUAAAGAUUGGAAAAUCCUACAAAUGUAGGGUGUAUGCCAUAUGUGCCGAAGACAAAGUGAGUGAUCCUAGUGAGGAGGUUAUUAUUUUGAUGAAACUUGGCGAACAGAGUCUGUUCUCCAUGUGUCAAGUUUGUUGAUAAUAGGAGCUCGUUUAGUCUACCAUUGAGAUACCAUGU